ACGGACAGCUGCUGUUUCUCCCUUCCCCUCCUUUUUGCUCCCCUAACUGUUCUCCUCUUUUCGCUUCUUCCCCACACUGCCUCUAUUCAUCCCCUCUGUACUUUCCCCUUCCUUCCCUCUACUUUGUCAUUCUACCCUGCACUUUUCCUCAGGCGGAUAUAAAGGCAGGUCCUGUUGAAGGGAGAGGGGCUUGUGUAAUCUCUGGCUGCACAUGAGCACCGGAGAGUUAUUGCUUCAGCUGGAAAGGCACCGCAACAGAGGACUUGGAACCAACUAAAGGACAAACUUUGGGAUAAGCAGAAGAAGAAGGAAUACUUCCAAGACAGGAAGGGAGGAGAAGGGGGGAGAAGCAGAGAGAGUUUGGAGUUGGGGUGCAGGACACAGACCAUGCCGGGCUCUGUGCUGCUGCUUCUGAUGCUGUCCCUGUUGGUCCUGUCCACAGGAAGUGAUGCCAGACGAAUCAGGAAAAGAGGACUCAACCAUAAGGACUAUGAGUACCCCAACCACCCCCAGUCCACGCAGCACCAGAAGAAUGACCGGUGUCCGCCCCCACCCCAGAUGCUGCCAGAGCGAGCCUGCGAGGUGCCGGGCUGCCGCUCAGACUCAGAGUGUGAGCGCCAUAAACGCUGCUGCUACAAUGGCUGCAUCUACGCCUGCCUGGAGUCUGUUCAGCCGCCACCAGUGCUGGACUGGCUGGUGCAGCCCAAGCCUCGGUGGUUGGGGGGUAACGGCUGGCUGCUAGACGGCCCUGAGGAGGUUCUGCAAGCUGAGGCCUGCAGUACGACAGAGGAUGGAGACGAGCCUCUCCACUGCCCCACGGGCUACGAGUGCCACAUCAUCAACCCAGGAAACCCUUCGGCUGGCAUCCCUAACCGGGGACAGUGCAUCAAGCAACGUGGGAACUCCGAUGGACGUGGCCUAAGGCACAAAUACUUUAAGGACUACAAGGAUUACUUAGGUACCAGUUCUAACAAUGCAGUAGGCUACGAAAAACAUCAUCAUAAGCACCUGGGAUGAAAUCAGCCAUGACCUCAGCCUCAGCUACGACCAUAACACAACCUCAGACAUCAGUCCAGUCCUGUUCGAUCUCCUCUCAUCACACCUGAAGCAGGAUCAGAUCUCACCUUUUUUUUACUACACCUACAGCUGCUACCUCCUCUUUGCAAAACCCCGUUUUUUUGCGGCCUAUCCUCAGUCACAAACUUCUUUGGGAGACAAGUCUGAUGCGCAUACAGUAGACAGCCAAAGAAAUAAGUGCUUUUUUUUGUCUCUCUGUCCGAUAUCUGUGAAAGGAAGGAGCAGAGAGUGUUGACGGUGAAGCAGAGGAAGAGAGAGCAGGGUGUGCACCAAAGCCGUUUUAUCAAAAAUCUCAAAGGAAAUAAGGAAACCUUGCCAUUUUAUCAUUUCUUUACAACCCCCUCCCUCAGUACCACUCAUUCUCACACACGGACAAACUCUCUAGCCUGAAGCCUGGUCAGCAGAGAAAAUCAAGACCAUAUGGCCCUGUUACUCAGUCUCUAAAGGACGCUACUCAAAUUUCCUCAAACCUGGAAGAUUUUAUGGACAAAUAGGAGAAAUUCCAGCUGUACCAGCUGUUGCAUCUCUGAACCAAAUACAAAUGUGAAUUAAAAUGAUAUCUAAUUAUAAGAAUAAAUGCCAUAUGAGUGUAUGGAUUGUGUCAGUUUUUGGAAAGGAUUUGGAAAAGCUGUGGUCUGGUUUCAGUCAGCAGAUGCUGACCAGAACAUCAAAACAAAAGUAUAAUAAGUUAAAAUAGUUCAUUUGAGAGGACUAGUUGAAUGAGAUUUACAUUUAAACGUAUGCUCCAUCUAUGAAGCAGGAAACCUUGAACAGCCUUUAAAAAGCCCAGCUUUAAAAAUGUGUGAUACUGAAAUGAUAGAUUUAAAUAUUACCUGAAAUAAAGUUACUGAGGUGGUGCCUUUAAUGACGCGAGUCGUGUAACAAAUAUCUACCAGCGCUAUGUGGUUAUGCAAGCGUUUUGUGAGUUUCGUGUGUGCAUGUGUUUGCAUGUGAGUGAGUCAUCUGGUGACAAAUUCAGCUUAUCUGACAAACAAAAUAAUUCAGUCUGCCUAUUAAAUUAUGACACCAUCACAACCCUAUGUUUCUGCAUAAACAUACCAAUAGAAAGGGCUCAGAGUGGAUAUUUAAAACUGGUGAAGAAUCUUCUGUGUUAUUCUCAAACUCACUUCGGUCAACUUCAGUUGUCUCUGUUAUCAGUUCAAAUGGUGCUCAUGUUUAUUGCUGCCUAUAAUAACAGAAGAAUAAGCUGGUCAUAUAAUAAGCUGAAGGUGCAAAACAAAAGCUGUAACCAUUCUCUAUGUGCAGAACUAAAGUGAUGUCUGAAUGUUGCUUUCUGACUGGUGCUGUAAUGCUGCCUUGUUUAUUCUAAAUAAACCACAU